AUGAACUCUCAUCUCCUUCAACCUGUACAACCGACACGGUCGGUUCUUGAAGCAUUCAUCAACCGUCAUCAGUACCUGUUGGAGCUGGAACGUAAAGCGGAGGAAGAACAAACCAGAUUGUUGAAUUCGAAAUGUUCCCCCAAGUUACUGGAACAACGGGGUCUGUCAAUUGGAGGGCUGGGAGUCAGUAACAUAAGUGUUGGGCUAGGAGGUAAGAGUUUGAUAGAGCUCAAUCGGCCUUCAGCAUAUCAUGUCUCGCCUUUAUUACCCCCUCAUACAUUCAGAUCUGGUGAUCCGGUCCGUAUCGAAGCUCACGUCUCAUCUACGACCUCCUCGGCCAAGAGCAAAGCUAAGAAGAAAGAUAAUGGUGAUGAAGGUAAUAAUGCAGUUGAAGGAAUUGUAUAUAAGGUUUCUCAGGAAAAGGUCGUGGUUGCUGUAGAUGAGAAGAAGGAAGUGGAUUUACCUGAAAGAUUGAGGUUGUUGAAGCUUGCCAAUACAGUAACAUUUGAUCGAAUGGAUAAAACCCUACUUCAUCUGAAAAGGUUGAUCUUACCCGAAGAAGGAUCACCUACACCCAACGCCCAAAACUUUCCCCUGAUCAAUUCGUUAUUAGGUAUUCAACUACCUUCGUGGUCUGAAAAUUUCCCUUCGACGCUAGGAAACGAUGAACAAGACAAGGUGAAAGAGGAAGAUGUAAAGUGGUAUGACGACAAUCUGAAUGAUUCGCAGAAAGAUGCAAUUAGGUUUUGUCUCAAAGCGGAUAAUGUAGCUUGUAUACAUGGUCCUCCAGGGACAGGUAAAACCCAUACACUUAUCGAAUUAAUCUUCCAAUACCUCUCUCGUCCCGCCUCAUCCUCUACGACUCAACCCCCCCGUAUACUCAUUACUACGCCUUCCAAUCUAGCAUUGGAUAACUUGUUACUUCGGUUACAUGCUUUAUCGCAAUUACCUCCUUAUUCUUCCCUCCUCCCCCCCGGAUCGAUAUUGCGAUUAGGUCACCCAACCAGGGUGCACCGCGAUUUGGUCCGAGAGACGUUGGAUUAUAGAGCAGCGAAUGGGGAAGAAGGUGAACUGCUGAAAGAUGUAGGUAAUGAGAUGCAGGGUUAUUUAUCGGAUCUAGGCAAGAAAAGGGGCGAGAGAGGGGCUGUGAAGGGGAAAGAGAGGGGGAAGAAGUGGGAGGAAGUUAGGGAGUUGAGGAAAGAGUAUCGUUCGCGAGAAGGCAAGGUCGUGACCUCUGUUCUGUCUCGUGCUCAGGUGGUGUUGGCAACAUGCCAUAGCGCUGGGUCGAGACAACUCAAUAAUAUGACAUUUGAUAUUGCCGUUGUGGAUGAAGCGACUCAAGCUAUAGAAGCUGUCUGCUGGGUACCGAUAUUGAAAGCUAAGAAGUUGAUCUUGGCAGGUGAUCCACAACAGCUACCACCAACAAUAAUGAGUAAAGAUGACAAAUCCCUCAAACCCGUUGAAGGUCUGUCCGAGGAACUAAAUGGCAUCAGCAUAAAAUCACGCACGGUACUGAAGCCUCCUAAAACAUUGGAAACGACAUUGUUCGAACGUCUAGAGUCGAUCUAUGGAGAAGGAAUUAAGAGGGUGUUGAAAGUUCAAUAUCGAAUGAAUUCACUCAUCGCCUCUUUCCCUUCCGGUACACUCUAUGAAAGCCAGUUAAUAUCACACGAGUCGGUGUCCAAGAGGACAUUACUGGACUUGCCUUCUAUAGAAGACAAGGAGUCAGAAGAAUCGAAAGACUAUUUGGCACCUGUCGUGGUGUUCUUCGAUACGGCCGGAUGUGAAUUUUACGAGAGGACGGAGGGAGAUGAUCAGGAUAGCAAGAAGAGUGGUAUAGGAGAAGGAUCCAAGUCGAAUGAGAAUGAAGCUGGAGUGGUGACCAAGUGGGCCAGACAAUUGAUCGAGUUAGGCGUUAAUCCGGCUGAAAUCGGGAUCGUCACACCCUAUCAAGCUCAAGUAUCACUCAUAUCGAGUAUGUUACAUGAGGAAUAUCCGGAAAUGACUAUAGGAAGUGUUGAUGGGUUACAAGGUCAGGAGAGAGAGGCAAUCAUACUUUCGUUAGUCAGAUCAAACCCCACGGGAGAGGUGGGUUUCUUGGGUGAAUAUCGGAGACUUAAUGUGGCUAUGACCAGAGCGAAGAGACAGUUGUGCGUAGUAGGCGAUUCUUCCACGGUAGGAAAAGGCAGUAAAUACCUGAAGAAGUGGAUGGACUGGCUGGAGAAUGAAGCGGAUGUGAGAUGGGCGGGAGACGAGUCGAUAUAG